GGAGAGGAGAGGAGAGCGCAGCACAUCACUACUCCGCUUCUCAUCCAGCAGAGCCGCUGCGCUGUCCACCCAGCAGCUUUCUGGAACAUUCAGUUUCUUUUCUCUUCUAAUCCGAAAUGAUAACGAUAAAUAUGAAAUAAUUAUAGCUCUGACUUGUUGGAUACGGAUGUUUUUUUUUUUUUAAUUUCACCCCAUUUGGUGAUUUUCUCUCGUUUUGUUUCCGCUCGCCGAUCAGUCUGUGGAAUGGUCUGCGUUUUUUCCCCUGGGUCGUUUCCACUUCAGCAUGGGAACUGCAGUGUCCAAAAGGAAGAAUCUGAGGAGUGAUGCGAUAUCUUCCGUGGCAGCAAAAGUUAGAGCAGCCAGAGCAUUUGGAGAAUACCUGUCCAAUACCAAUCCAGAGAAUCGCAACGGAGCAGAUCAUCUAUUGUCUGACAGCUUCCCUGGCCACGACUGUGACUCUCCAGACGUCAGCCGCUUGCAUAACAACAAUCUCCCACCACAGAGCUGCUGUUUGCCCGUAGCUAAACCCAACCAGUCCAGCCAAUCCAAUCCCAGUGCUCAUCCACAGUCUCAGCCUCUGGUCAACACCCUCCAGGCUCCAGCACCUUUGGGCCCCUCCAAACGUCGACUCUCUGUUGAGCGCAGCCUCUCCGCAGAGGACCCACCAGGCGCCAGAGGCCCAGAGGGGGUUGUUGCGGUAAAGCCGGCGAGGGUUUACACAAUCACCAGGGAAGGAGGGAUGACCCUGGGGGGCCGUGGCACUGAGGAGAGCCUGGAGCUGGAGGUUCUGAAGGGCUCCAGGGAGCAGCCUCUGUCCCAGGCACCUGUCUCCGCCAACCACAACCCAUCCUGCACCAGCCAACCGUCCGCCUCAGCCGCCCGUGGUAGCCACCAUCGCAGUAGCCACCACCGCAGCAGCAGCAGCAGCCAUCACAACGCCCAGCAGCAUCACGGAGGCCUGCCCUCAUCAUCGCAGCCGCUGCAGAGCUCGGGGAACGCCAGCAACAUCCGAGACUGGGGAAUGAGGAGAGGGGGGUCGCGGGACGACUACACCCCAGACUGUGUGGCCUGCAUUCGAGCUCCAUGCCAAAGCCAGCGCUCCCUUGACCUGGAUACCUCACCGCGGGAUGGAGGGAAGCACCGCAAGAAACUGGAGAGGGUGUACAGCGAGGAAAGACCAUCUAAUGACGACAGGGAGGACACUCCUAAUAGCUGGUUCCCUAAAGAGAAUAUGUUCAGCUUUCAGACGGCCACCACCACCAUGCAGGCAAAUUUCCGGAAACACCUUCGGAUGGUGGGCAGCCGCAGGAUGAAGGCCCAGACCUUUGCCGAACGUCGAGCCAAGAGCUUCAGCCGCUCGUGGAGUGACCCCACCCCUGUCAAGCCUGACUCACUGCAUGACUCCAGAGACAGUGGUGAGCUUCAGACCUCGUCAGGGACUCUAGAUGAAGGGCUGGAUGAGGAUGCUGAGUGGGAGGAGGAGAGGGAGUUGGAGAGAGCAGCCUGUGAAGGAGAGGACUUCAUCCCACCAAAAAUCAUGCUGAUCUCCUCCAAGGUCCCAAAGGCUGAAUAUGUUCCCAACAUCAUCCGCAGGGAUGACCCCUCCAUCAUCCCCAUUCUUUAUGACCAUGAACGCGCCACGUUUGAUGACAUCCUCGAUGAGAUAGAGAAAAAGUUGACUGCUUACAGGAAAGGCUGUAAAAUCUGGAACAUGCUCAUUUUCUGUCAGGGAGGUCCAGGACAUUUGUAUCUGCUGAAGAAUAAAGUGGCCACAUUUGCCAAGGUGGAGAAGGAAGAAGACAUGAUCCAGUUCUGGCGGCGGCUCAGCAGGCUGAUGAGUAAGCUGAACCCAGAGCCCAACCUCAUCCACAUCAUGGGCUGCUACGUGUUGGGCAGCGCUAAUGGAGAAAAGCUUAUUCAGACUCUGAAGAGGCUGAUGAGACCCUCUUCGGUCGAAUUCAAGUCCCCACUAGAGCUCUCUGCACAGGGCAAAGAGAUGAUCGAGAUGUACUUUGACUUCCGUCUGUUCCGCCUGUGGAAAAGCCGCCAGCACUCGAAGCUGCUGGACUACGACGACCUGUUGUGACGUCGCCCACCCCUGAUGGCUUGUCGGCCGGUUAUCUCAUAUCUGAGCCUACUGUUGUACGGUGACGGGGCGUUUGGUUGAAGGGCGCCUUAGAGGCGCCUGGACCGGCUCUGCGGCAGAACUGGAGCAGCGGCGCAGUUUGGGUCUGUUUGUCCCUUCUGAAGCAACACGGUGGCCCUGUAGUUUCAGCCAGUGGUGUACUUCCCUUAUCCAUUUUUCACUUUCUACCUGUCUCUCUGAGAAAAGAGAAGGAGAGGGACAAGAAAAAGGAGGAGAAGCAAAAAGGACUCAUCAUCCUAUCUUAAAUGUGUCAAAAGACACUAAGUAGAGUUAGAUUCCUGAGUUCAGAGAGGACGCUAGAUGAAAGAGUGACGGCAGAGAACAGAAAGAGUUUAGAGGGUGACAGAUCUUGUUUAUCUAUUUGGUUUUUUUUUUUGCCUUUCUUUGCCUCUUCUGUUCUCUCAAGAUGGAGCGUUAUAGGAUGGAAGUCUUUUCUUUGUCAAGUGUGGAGGUUAUUUGCAAUGGAAUUAGAGCCUAUAUGUAAAUAAACAAGUGCUUACUGGAGCGUCCCAGCAUCUCUCGCCAUGCUAUCGUGUGAAAAUCUAGACAUUAAAUUAGUCUGAUAAAAAAGUUAGGUGUCUUGACUUAACCCAGCUUUUUUUUUUUUUUUUUUUUUUUUAAACUUUAAAUAACUGUAUAAGCAUUUUGUACAGACUGUUGUAUUAACUCAGGUUAAAUCCCUUGUUUGGUACUAAGAAUUGUACUUAGCCUACUGUUCGCAACAUACUGUAGAUCAGAAUCCAAGGCCCACACACUCCUCACAGAGCCGUCUGCAGUGGAACGUCAUGAGCGUCAGGGAUGUCAUACCUUAAGCUUGUGCGUGAAGGGUGGUGGUUUUUUUCUACACUUUUCAUAGUCUUUCAGGUCGACCGUAGCUGAACAGACGGAUGUAUUCAUGCAUGUUUUCUUAGCGUUACAUUUGACCCCGCUGAGCCAACACUUGCAAUUCUUUCUUGAGCUGUCGGUUCACGGGUGCUGAUCCUUUUUAGCGUGUUUGUAUUUCGCUCGUGUGUCACUAGCUUACCUGCAUUUUGUGCAGGUGGAGACUAUGACGCCAGACUCUGCACACCAUGGGCAGUGUCUUUGUAGGAAAUAGACACAUAUACAUACUGAUAACACUCAUGCUGUACUGUAGAAUUCAUUCAUUCAACUCUCGAUUUGCUCAUACUUUUUGGAGUAAAUGAGAAUUUCUUAUUGGAGACUUAUCUUGAAUCAUUCAAAGUAGCAACGGAGUGGCAGAGGUGAUACUAUACUAUGUUAUUUUUGUUUCUCCUCACCACCAAAUUGUUGUUGUUGUGUUAAUAUACUCUUACAAACAGUGCUCUAGCAAAUUCAUUUUAGUCCUUGCCGUAAUCAUUUCUGGCAUUGAUAUCCAUUUUAAAAUGUCAGAACAGUUUAGAUUUUGGAGUUGAAAUGAUGUGUAUGUUGCAUUAAAAUACAUAGAUAUUUAGUAUCAGGCUUCUAUAAAGUUGAGGGAUUUGUGAGGUUAAAAAAAAGGGACGAAGCAGCAGAGGCCAAAAUAUUCCAACUUUUAAUCCCUGGGCCAAACUCCAACAACACUGCAUCCCAUGUUUCCCAUAAAGCAACUGGAUAGUGUCUUUUUCUGUUAGACCCUCCCUGCAUGGUAAAUGUCUUUCAAUCUCUCACCUUCGACAUUUGUAACACAUGGUGUAUUAUACACCAGUUUUCACAUGUGGAGUGAUACUCCUCAUGACAAAUUAACUCAUCUUUAUCUUUACUAAAAAAAAUGUUUAAAAAAAAAAAAAUUAAAACUUCACCAGACAGACAUCAAUAAAGGUUUUACAUGCUGUCGUCCAUUGUAUCAGACUUAUAACCCAUUUUACAACAGAGGCCAGUAUUAGCCUGAUGUUGCAUUAUUGGCCUAUCUUGUAUUUAUUAAAAGCAAUUCUAUUUUUUUUUAAAGAAGGGCUUACCCUGUUGCACUGUAUAGCUAUAAAAUACUCACACUAAUGGUAGAUAAUGCACUGCUGCAUAAAGUUACUUUAACAGUAAAAGUUUAACUGCUGGUGUCGGUACUGAAUAAGUGUAGUGUCAGACAGGAUGUACAUUGCUCCAUCUCAAGCUUACGCUGAGGUGGCCAUGUCCUCUUGUAAUAUAUAUUCUCCCUCAGAUAUGCAGGUUCAUCAUUUGAUAAAACUCACUGUUUGUGUGUGUUCUGGAACUCACAAAGACAGAAAUCAAAUCACAAAAUUAAAGCCGGGGGAAAUUUUUGGGCAGAUCUUGUUCAUUUAUUAUGAAUUAGACUUUUCUUUUGUCUUAAGUCUGCUGUAUGUUGUUCUACAUUGGCUCUGGCUGAGGUCUGCGCUCUCUGAGUGCCCUUCUAGUUUCUGUCUGUGCUAGUGAAAUGCAUGAAAAUGCUUAUGUACAUCUUGGUUUUCAGUUUGGCGCCCACGUUAACCGGUUAGAGCGAACACACUGUCUCUCCUCAUCUAGAAUAUUGGCGUCUCGCCUUUUUUUCACUUGCAAAAAUAGACAGUGGAAAGAUCUGUUGGUAGUUAUAUUGACAUCACACCAGCAGCAUACAAUUACAUAAACGUGUCACCUUUUAGUUUCUAUCUAUAGAAUGUAUCUGAAUAUGCCAUUUUAGCAUUUGUAUGUGGAGACAGUGGCGGCCAUCAUAUCAGAAACCUAAUAUAACCUAUAAAGAUAUUAUGACAAUGGUUUAACAGGUGAAGUAUGGUGUGGUGUGCUCUCUCUCUGUGGGUCUUUGAAUAAGGGGAAAAAAGAUUAAUAAAAUUAAUAUUGAAAAGGAAUCGAACAUUCUAUUAUUAAUGGACAUUGUGUAAAAAGAUUGAGUCUGGCAAUAGCAGAGCUGUGGCAGUGUGCACGCAUACACACGUGCGAGCUGCAGCAGUGCAGAGAAGUAGCCGUCACACACACACACAAACACACACACACACACAAGGCAGGUAGUGUUUCCCAGACGAUGCACAUGCAUUACACACUGCUGUCAACUCCUUGUUGUGCCGCAACGUAGCAAGUGUCACCAGAUCACUCUCUAAAUUAAUUGUGAUAAUUUGGUGGAAUUACAGCUAAGACCACAGUGGCCGGUGACACUGGUGAGUGUGUAGGUUUCAAUACUAACAUCACCCGAGAGAAGCAGGAGUUGUAUUGAUAAGUAACUACUCCUGGAUGGUGCCAUUAAUUCAUCUGUAAAUUCUAACAGGCUUAUCUUAGGAGCGGGGCUUUGUUUUGUUUCAGGAGUGUAUUUUAUCAUGUUUUAGUGAGAAACGGUCCUUGCUGCUGUUUUAUCGGCAGGUUUGCUGUUAAUGCAAAGCUAAAUUCGACAUAUUGCAUAUUUUCACAGCAGCGAUCCCAUCAGUGCAACAACAGAGCCAUAUCAUCAGAAAUACUUAAUGAACAACUCUUUAUACUCACACCGAUCGUGUCAGUGAAACUCAGCUCUUCUCGCACUAAAUGUUUUACAAUCCGUGCGGGAAUGUUGUUUUCAUACUGAUGGAGUCAGCGCUGUGGCAGUUUACAUUAUGUUGAAUUUAUCUAGUAUUUCCUGCGGCCAGUACGUGAUGCCAUUCUCGAUGAUGGUACCGCGUGUUCACAGUCUUUACACCAACCUCAAAAUUAAUGUUACGUCCACUCACGUCAAAAUCAAAAGACUUUAAAGUUCCUUCAAACAUUGUAUCCUGACUGUUGAACCUCAUGGCCUUUGUCUUUGUGUGCUCAGCUAUGUCUUUGCUUAAAGGUAGGAUCUGACCUUUGUAAUUGUUGUACAUUCAUGAUUCUGCUUCAUGUUGAUAUGUAUUUGUUUAGACAUCAGCUGCUCUCCAGAUCUCUGUAGCAAUAUACUGUGUACGUGUAUAUUUCGCUAGGUUAUUUCAAUUUCUUUCAUGUAAAGGAUAGAGCACAUUGUUCAAGGUAUUGUAUUAGUGUGUAAUACCUUUGAAUUUUAACGGCUAUUGCUUUACCACACUGUGGAUGAUGGACGGAAACAAAGUGAUAAAUAGGUGGAAGACUGACAGCAGAGUGGGGUCUGCUCGCUGCUUGGCUCCUGAAGUGCUCACGAGGACUCUGUCUGCUUUCUCCUUUGCUAUGAGUUUAAGUAAAGUCCAAACCCCAGAGCCUAAUUACAUACCUGCUCAACCGUUGUACCUGUGUCUCAAGUCAAUAUAUUUAAUCCUGCUGCUGCCGGGUUUAAUAGCAAGUUGAGAUACACUCAAAAUUUUACACGAGCCUGAAGGAUUUCUAAUGAGUUCUCUGAUCACGAAGGAAACAGAGGUCCAUUAUUUGCCAUCAAGCUCAACUAAGUCUCCCCGAGGCUGUGAUCAGAUAACACACUCACAUGUCUGAAACACAAACCAGCGCCAGUAACAUGAGGCAAGAGCUCAAAGGGUGUGAAAUGUUUGAUAGCAUCGCAUUAUCUGUGUAAUUAGCACUAACCUGAAGUAGUAAAGCGGAAAACAUCUUGCAAAAUAUUAGCUAGCAGUGUCUAUUUGCUUUCGACAAAGUCAUCAGGAUGGUGUUCUAAGACGUCAGGACAACACAGCUCAGACUCACGUCCACUUCAGCCAAUCAGCUUUUAUGGCUCUCCUUCUGCCUUUCCGCCCUGGUGGGAUGGCAGAUUUGCAGCCAGUCUCCAGUCAAGCGAAUGCCCUCAUCCCUUUACACAUCCAUCACACUCACAUUCCUUUUAAGUUGUAUUUUUGGCAACUAGCAUCUAGCUCCACAUUAGCUAGUAGGUAAAGUCGCCAACUUAGUCUAUCUACCGUUAGCUGCUGAGCAGGUGGCAUGCAAUGGGUUUAUCAGAGCUUUUUGGGCGGGCAGCAGCGGGUUGAUGCUGCUGGUGAUGAGGUUUAUUUGGUGGAUGGAAAAAACCAAAACAAUGACCUAAAAGAGGAUAAAAAAUCUCCACUAUAAGCUGCAGUUUUAAGGUAAAAAAAAAAGAGCUCUACUGUAUGGGCACUGGGGGAAGCAGGAGACGCAAACUAACAUAAUGUUUUUCCACACACUGAAGGAGUCAAGCAGGGGGUCCCUGCAGAGAGUCAUGUAAGGACUAGCCUUGGCAAUCUUUUGUGGAUGUUGGCAACUUCGAGACCACAACCAUAUCUUGGGCAGAAUAAAUAGGUUUCCUAACGUAAAACCCAUUGCGCCAGUGUGUUGACCGAGCAAGCGACACACAGAGUUUGAUUUGUCGUGCUGGCUCACUGCGGCAGAACAUUUCCAUUUCAUGAGAACCUACAGUAAUUAAAGAAAUCAACAGAUUGGUCUUUGAACAUCUCCCCUCUCCUGUUAUUUUCCAAAUGAAACUGUGCGUCGCAGUUGGGACGCGGACCCCCCACCCUCCGAGCUCUUGCCGGUUUCUGUGCAGAUUGCCAGGGCUCAGUUGGGAGUGUGAUUGAGUUUGAUGAGGAUGAUGGAUAGAUGCUGCUUUCAUUACCCUGACACCGCCAGUCGGGCUGUGAUUGUAUUUUCGGAAGAGUGGAAAAUAAUGUGUUUAUGUAACGUCUGUUUCACUUUGUAUCAACUUCUAAGUCUGAGCAUUAGAUUUUAAAAUAGCUAGAGACUGUAGGAGUGAUAGAUGUUACACUAAGGUUCAAAAAUAAACAGGUUCAUCAUCCAUAUGUUAUUUUGUUUAUUAUGAAAAGGUAUAAUAGCAAUUAACAUUACUGUAUACUGUAUCUGUUGAUUUUGAUACUAGUAAUAGUCACAAAUAUAUCUGGGUAGCUUUGAUGAGCUUUUGGGUUUUUCCUUAGAAUAGACAUUAUAGAUGGACCUUGAAUCCAAUGUGGCGAAUUAUUGUAACUGAAUUACUAGCAAAGAAAUGUGAUUGCAUUGCACAUUGUGGGUACCUGUAAGAAAUAAUUUUGUUUUUAAAGCAUUUUUUUUUCCAGUAAACCUUAGUUCUACACAA